UUUUUUAUUUACAAGAAUAUUAUUUUUAUUAUACAUUUCAAUAUUCUAAAUUUGGAAAUCAAUUCCUUUUGGAUUAAUUGUGCUAAAGCGAUGAUUAUAAUUAAUUAAUUCUUUUAUAAUUAUAGAAAAUGCAAUUUGGGUAAAUAGGAUACGGGAGAAAUUUAUUGGAAUGGAAAUCCCAAAUUUUAUUAAAAACAUUGAGAAAAUCCCAAACUUAGAAAAUAAUUUCAACUAUGAUUCUAUUACUAAUUCGACAACGGAGAAAGGAGCUAUAGUGUUUGGUGAGAAUCCAACAAGUGCUAACUUACAAGAUAGUGAAGAGAUGCAUCGGAAUGAUACGGAAUACUCAUCUUUGCCUUGGCUGUCAUCAGAUGCUAAUUUGAAUAAUGCAAAUAUGCAAGGAUCUAAAAAUAAUGGAACGGAUUUUGCAAACAAUCAGAAAGAAGAGGAGGCUUUAUCAUCAGAUCCCUGGGCAUUGCCAGAAUUUCAAAUGGUUGCCAUGGAUUGGCAUGCUAUGACUUGGAAGCAAAAACUCAAAAAAAUUCUGAUUGAUUACAUUGGUAAAAUGGUUAUUCUGAUAAUCCUAUUGUAUCUAUUCAUAUGUUCUUUGGAUUUAUUAUCCUCUUCCUUUAAACUUUUAGGGGGCAAAACUGCUGGCAAAGUUUUUACUGAGAGUAAAUUGCUAAAUAAUAGUGUGGCAGGACUUAUGAUUGGUGUGUUAGCAACAGUUUUAUUGCAAAGUUCUUCCACAACUACCUCAAUUAUAGUUACAAUGGUUGCAAGUGGAAUAUUAACCGUUAAGCCUGCAAUACCUAUAAUAAUGGGAGCCAAUAUAGGAACCUCUGUAACAAACACCAUUGUUAGCUUAGCUAGUGCCACUAAAAUUAAUAACGGCAUUAGUGAGAGCAAUGGAAAAGCUUCUAAAACCAAUAAUAAACCAGACGCCUCAAAAGCAGAUUCUUUUGAAUUCAUCAAUAGUAAAGGCAAAAAUCGAAAUGAAAAUAACGAAUUUAGGAGGGCCUUUGCAGCUGCGACCAUACAUGACAUGUUCAACUGGCUCACAGUUUGUGUUUUGCUCCCUUUGGAAAGUCUAACUGGUUUGUUGUAUCACCUAACAUUUGCGAUUGUUAGUCAAAUAAACUUUCAACAACUUGCAGGUGAGAGUAAUAAAGUAAACAAUGCAAACAACAAAGAAAUCCUAUCCAGCUUGACCAAACCUUUUACAUCACUUUUUAUUGAGCUUAAUAAAAAUGUGAUAACUUUGAUAGCAGAAGGAAAAAUGAAUGAAACUGCCAAUAUGUCCCUAGUGAAAAGGUGGUGUUUAAAAAAGGGCGCUGCUGGCAAUAGCAAUAUGACAACUCAACUAAAUAUUUCCUUGAAUGGCUCUCAACCAGUCAAUAAUAUUUUAGUCAAAUGUAAAUUUUUGUUUGCUUACGUUAAUUGGAGUGAUGGGGUUAUUGGUACUAUCUUGUUGAUUAUCUCCCUAUUUAUGCUCACGCUAUGCCUCUUAUGCAUUGUAAAAGUAUUACAUUCAAUGCUCAAAGGCAAAAUUGCAUUAGGUAUUAGGAAAGUGGUAAACGCAGAUAUACCUAAACCUUUUACAUUUUUGACUGGAUAUUUCGCUAUCCUUAUUGGAGCUAUUUGUACGUUUUUGCUUCAAAGCAGUUCGGUUUUUACUUCAGCUCUUACGCCCCUUGUAGCAAUAGGGGUCAUCAGCUUAGACCGUGUUUAUCCACUUACUCUGGGUUCCAACCUUGGAACUACAGCCACUGGUCUUAUAGCCUCUCUCACUGCUUCCCCAUUAACAUUGAAAUAUAGCCUUCAAAUAGCCUUGUGUCACACAUUUUUCAAUAUUUUGGGCAUAUUAUUUUGGUAUCCCGUUCCAGCCUUGAGAUUUCCAUUAGCAUUAGCAAAAAUUAUGGGGGCCACAACCGCAAAAUACACUUGGUUCGCGGUCUUUUACCUUGUAGUAGCCUUUUUUGUGUUACCCGGAUCAGUGUUUGCUCUCUCAACACUUACCACGGCUUUACUACCUGUAGGUGGGGAUCGUGUCUCUUCUGCUCUUAUUUUUGCCACCACUGGGUUUCUUGCCAUAGGUAUCUUAUUCGCGACUAUAGUAACAAAACUUCAACAAAAGCGCCCAACCUGCUUACCAAUUUUUUUGAGGGAUUGGAGUUUUUUACCAGCUUGCUUGAGAUCACUCGAACCGCUUGAUCAAUUAUUCUCGGCUCGACGAUUGAGGGAACUCUUGAAGAGAAAGUCCAAAAGCAAGGACGCUGCACACAUCUUAACCAAUUCGACUUACAACAGCACCAAUGCCCUAAUUAAAAACGCAUCUUUCCCUGCGAACAAAAUAAAUAAUUCAUUGAGCUCCUCAAUGGUUUCUUUCAAUUACCUGGGAGUUAAAAAUGGUGGUUUUAUUGCAGCUACCAAUGGCGGUUUGAAUGAAGAAACAUCCAAUAAUAUGCCUGAAACGGCCUUUGGCCAUUUGAUUAAGUCGGAUACUACCGUCUCUCGUAUUUGAUUAUUUUACUCGUACAAUAAAAUCUAAAAGAUUUUUUUACAGAACUAGCACUUAAUAUAAGAUUCAUUUUUCACAUUCAUAUUCCAUUAUUAAAAAUUAAAAUCUUAUCCCAUAUUUAUUAUUUGGAAUAAUUUUAAAUUUUUGUCAUUCUAAUCAAAUGAACUAUUUUAUUUUUCAAGCAUUCCGCUAUUAUUUUUUCACUCAUUAAGUUACAAUUAACACAUUCCUUUCAUCGUUUUAAAAAAAAUAUUUAAACAUAACAUUAUAUGAUUAAUUAACUUUCAUGGCAUGGGAUUUUUAAUCUUGCAAGUAAGGAAAUGAUUUAUUAUCUGGUAUAAAUGACAAUUCCAUUAAAAAUUAUAUGGAUAUUGCAUAAAAU